CCGUAAACAUAACAUUGGCUUUUUUGCUAAUCUGGAUAUCUAGCAGACAAAAAUAAAACACUUGCGGCUCUCUAAUAAGUUGAGAUGCUGUGAUGCAGAGACAUAGACACCAUUUGCUUGGAGUAAAACAGGCAGAAAAAGAAGCGUGUUCCAACAUGAUUAAUUUCUUGCUUGGUGCAGCACAUCCCCCAGAAAGUGUAAAUUAUAAACAAGUUGAUAGAAAUCGAAUUCUAAUUCUACUUUCAUUCUUAGGACAAGCGUCACAAGGUCUCUACGAGACUCCCCAUUCCGGCCACACGCACCCUGUAACAGAAACUGUAAUAGCCGAAGCGACCACUAAAUAUCACAAUUAAACUUCAGCUGCUAGAUCUACCUAUUUGAAAGGAAAAAAAGAAAUCUUGUGCUGUGCAUAAUUUUUAUGAACUUUACAUCGUCAUUAAGAUCAGGUGUCUUAAACUUGGACACAAGACGCAAGCUCAAAUGGCAGAAGACUGCAUGCUUGGUGGACUAGAUCUAGUUAGUCCGUUAGCUGUAGCAGGUCUUCCUGGUCAUGAGCCUUGCACAAGCAGUGUUGACUUUGCUAUCAAACUUGAAAAAGUUGCAGGGUUAUUUCUUGAGCUUCUCCAGGAAAGUAAAAUAAAACUUCUGGAUACACCACUCUCUGCAAUUUCUCUGAUUUGCGAUGUGGCAAAGUUUAUGCAAAGAGAAAAUGAUAUUAGUUUGCUCUGUAGCUCCCUUGACACAAAAGAGCAAGCAACGCAAACCAGACUUGUAUUUCAAGACAUUGAAAUUCUCUAUACAAAGGCACAACAAUGCAAAUCGACCCAAAAUGAUUUCACAGCAACAGACAGGAAGGAUGGGAACCCUGACACAAUUGGUGACACAUCUGGAAAAGUGGCCUAUAAUAACAAUAAAAGUAGGAAAUUGAACAAAUCUGUGUUCGACGAUGACUUUUAUGAUGUUGAAGACGAAGGGUCUCAAAUUACAAAUACUAGUAUAAUAAAAAGUGACAUAUGUGACGAUUAUGUGUUAGAACCCUCUGUUGCUGAAGAUCAGUCAAAAGAAUUCAAAUGUUCGUAUUGUUCAAAAGUGUUCAUAGACAGACGGAAUCUGAAGUCUCAUUUAUGGAUUCACGAGAAAGAAAAGUCGUAUGAAUGCAGCAUUUGUGGAAAAAAAUUCCUUCGGCCCCAUCAACUCACUCGACAUAAAAGAGUGCAUACAGGAGAAAAGCCCUACAAGUGUUCAGUUUGUUCAAGGGCUUUUGGUGAUGUUUCAAAUUUAAACGCCCACAUGAGGAAAGAGCAUCCAAAAGAAGCAUUCAGUAGACAGUGUGACAUGUGUGGGCAGAGGUGCCCUUCUUCAGAAGAAUUGGAGGAGCACAUUAAAGCACACCAUGCGGAAGAAACAGAACAAAAGGAAAAGCUUGGUCCCAGGACCAGGGGGAGCUCUAAGAGUAAGAAAGACACUUCCAAAUCCCAGCCUUCCAAGAAACAACCAAAGUCUCGAGUACCCAAGAAACGGGACCGGUCAUGCCAAAAAAGCCAAGAUGCGAAAGACACUUUUCAAUGCAAGAUUUGUGGCAAAUCUCUAAACCAACGAUGUGCAUUGUUGGCCCACAUGAAGCGACAUGUGUCAAAAAAAUGCUAUCGAUGUGAAUUCUGCAAUGAAGAGUUCAAAGAAUUGAAGGAGCUCAAAGCCCAUGCCCGCAAACACACCAGUGACCGUCCCUACACAUGUAGCGAGUGCAACAAAUGUUUCAAGUCUCAGGGCACCCUCAAGGCGCACAUGCUGAUUCACACAGGGAGACUUCCAUACAGUUGUCAAAUCUGCGGCAAGUCAUUUUCACAAACCUCAGGACUCAAUGUUCACAAGUUGACGCACACAGCUGAAGAGGAGCGAGCAAAGAGAGAGAACAACUCCAGUGAAUUCACAUGUGAUAUUUGUGGGAAGGCAUACAAAACAAAAUUCCGACUCACUAUCCAUGCAAAGUCACAUGACAGUAAGCGAGACAUGCCAUGUGACUUCUGCGACAAGAAGUUCCAAUCAGGCCACGACCUUGCCAUCCACCGGCGUACCCACACCAAGGACAAGUAUGCGUGUCGUUUGUGUGGGGCCAGCUUCAAGUCUCGCAGUGUCUACUACUUCCACACCCGCACACACCCAACUGAACGUCCCCAUCUUUGUCAUACCUGCGGCAAAUCUUUCACUCGGAGCUACGACCUCACUGCCCACAAGCGCAGACACACAGAAUCGGCAGACAAACAACUGGGGCCGUAUGGAUGUGAAGUUUGUGGAAAGGUGUACCAAAUGAAGAACAGCCUCAAAAUCCACAUGAAAAUCCAUCAGGGAAUCUUCGACCACCCGUGUGACUUCUGCGAGAAGAAGUUCAAAUGUCCGGCCGAGCUGCGUCACCACAGACGUGUGCACACGCUAGAGAAACCGUACAAGUGUGAGACGUGUGGCAGGAGCUUCUCGCGACACAGCACACUGGUCAACCAUCGACGAACACACUCUGGGGAACGUCCUUACUUAUGCAUUGUGUGUGGGUCCACUUUCAAAUUGUCCUGCACACUGAAAAAACAUGCGAAAGUGCACACGAGAGAAGGCCCAGUGAAAGGAAAGGGAGCCAGGACGAGACAGACACCAGCUUUGCCCCAGGCUGCUGAGAUGUCGGCUACAACCCUCCCAGACCCAGCAGUCAGCAAAGCCGAGAUCACUGCCACAUUGCCUGCAACAGCAGCUGCACCUCUUCCUUUACCACUUCAGCAGCAGCAGCAACAACAAGAACAACAACAACAACAACCAUUGCAACCAUCAGAACCACAGUUACAGCAACUACAGCUACCGCAGCAACCACAACCUCUACCACAAUCCCACCAAAUCAUCAUCAAUCACCGCAGGGAACCCUCAUCCACUUUACUGCUGACCACUCCCACCCUCAAGCAGACGGUGGCAACCCUCAUCCAAACCGACAGUGCCACCUUACUACAGCACCUCGAGAGAGCUGGAGGCAGCCUGCAGCCACAACUGCAUCAGCAGCAACAACAACAACAACAACAACAGCUGCAGCAGCAACAACAUGAUAUUGCAGACCUCCAGAACAUGGAUACCAUCGCCCUGCCCGCCAACAUCCUACACAUGAGAGACACCAAUGCAACCACCACCCUCAUGGACCUCAGAGACACUACUGGUAUUGCAGCUGUCAGAACCUUCUUGACCACAAAUGAACUGGACAUGAGAGAGGUUCCUCGAACACUGGCCACUGCACAACUGGACAAUAGCAGAGAUGCAUCCAGAAAUGUUAUGGACAUGAGGGCAGGCCCGUCUUCAGCCACCACGCUUCAGUACAACCCCAACGCCACCUUCCCAAGUUACUACUAUUAUCAGUGAGAGAGAGAGAGAGAGAAAUAGAGAGAGGGAGAGGGAAAGGGAGAGGCAGGGAGGGGGGGGGGGCAGUGACCAUAUUAUAAUACCUGUUGUCUUUUCUUAAUCCCUUGACUGCUAACCACUUGCAGAAGAGGCCAAAUCUUUAUUCAACGGUUUUUCGGUUAUUAUUUCAAGAGACAGAAUGGUAAAACUUGUACCAAUAGAAAGAGAAUUGAAGAGAUGAAUUCAUCCAUUGACAAGACCAUACUAAGACUGAACAAGCGCUCUGGUUCUGCGCGUUUGCUCUGUAUGCUGGAAGUGGGGGAGAAAGACAGCGCAUUAAUAUAUUAUAUAAGUAUUAUUGGUAACAAAGUUCCGGCUACUCAUCAAACAAUAUAUCAAUAGAAAGAGAAAUGAAGAGGUGGCUUUAUUCAUAGACAAGACAGGGGUAGAAUAAGCCAUAAUGAUGUAACAAGUAUAAAGUACUUAGACUGAACAAGUGCUUCGAGUCGGACAUGUCGACUCAAUCUCACACGAUGUGUGUUAGAAGAAACAACACAUGUCACACUAGAAUUCAUUCUUCCGGCCCAGUAGAUAUGACCUCACUGCUAAAAUUAAAUUAUUAAUUUUCCAGGGAUAUCACUUCAAAACCUAGUAGAAGCUGAGUUAUCAAUGAAACAAGACUCGGAUAUCAGCCACCAUACGGGAUACGUUUACCGAGCACUGAGACACGUCUACAGCUCAGUCAAGGGGUUAAGAUGUCAUCAUCACUCUACUAUGAACUAACUUAAUCAACUUCUUAUUGUGAAGCACAGGUCUGACGUACAUUAAACUUUUUUCAGAUAUGCAGAGUGGCAUAUUAUGACUCAACAAGUGUCUUAUCUAAUUUAUAUAUGCAUGUAGAUUCUCUUGUGAAAAUAUUGACAUGGAAUCAUUUGUACAUUAAAAUGGUAAAAUGCAAACAAAUAUGAGUACUUAAUCAAAAUCUUAAUUGUUAACUUGUGUUUCUUGUAUGCUGUGAAUUCUAAUUUUGUAACAGUAUAAUAAAUUCAAUUCAGCAAUUUUUGCUUCUGUA